GGGUCGGUGAGCGCGGGACCGCGGGGCUGUCGCUAUGUCGGUGUCGCACAGCUCCAGGCUGAACAAGCUGGUGAGGGAGCAGUACGUGAGGCUGCCCCAGGAUGGGUUGGUGCAGGUCACCUACGUCUGGAUCGACGGCAGCGGAGAAGGAGUGCGCUGCAAGAGCAGGACCCUCGACAAGGAACCCAAGGGUAUCGAAGACGUCCCUGAGUGGAAUUUUGAUGGCUCCAGCACGGCUCAGGCAGAGGGCUCCAACAGUGACAUGUUCCUGGUGCCUGUCUGCAUGUUCAGGGACCCUUUUUGCCUGGACCCCAACAAGCUGGUGCUCUGCGAAGUGCUGAAGUACAACAGGAAACCCGCAGAGACCAACCUGAGACACACGUGUAAGAAAGUCAUGGACCUGGUUAAGGACAACCACCCCUGGUUUGGGAUGGAGCAGGAGUACACACUGCUGGGCAUCAACGGCCACCCAUACGGCUGGCCCGACAACGGCUUUCCUGGCCCGCAGGGCCCGUAUUACUGUGGGGUUGGAGCGGAUAAGGUGUACGGGCGUGAUAUUGUGGAGUCCCACUACAAGGCGUGUCUGUAUGCGGGGGUGAAGAUCUGUGGUACCAAUGCAGAGGUGAUGCCCUCCCAGUGGGAAUUCCAGGUGGGCCCAUGCGAAGGCAUCGAGAUGGGAGAUCACCUCUGGAUGGCUCGGUUCAUCCUCCAUCGUGUCUGUGAGGACUUUGGGGUUGUGGCUACUCUGGACCCCAAACCAAUGACCGGCAACUGGAACGGCGCUGGGUGUCACACCAACUACAGCACCGAGGAGAUGCGGAGAGAAGGGGGUCUUAAACACAUCGAAGCUGCCAUUGAGAAACUGAGCAAGCGGCACGACUACCACAUCUGUGUCUACGACCCACGGGGUGGCAGGGACAACUCUCGGCGGCUCACUGGCCACCACGAGACAUCAAACAUCUUUGAGUUCUCUGCUGGUGUGGCCAACCGAGGUGCCAGCAUCCGCAUCCCACGCCAAGUUGGCCAAGACGGCUGUGGCUACUUCGAGGAUCGGCGGCCAGCAGCCAACUGUGACCCCUAUGCGGUCACUGAGGCCAUCGUGAGGACAACAGUGCUCAACGAGACCGGGGUGGAGACCAAGGACUAUGCUGACCACUGAGGCCGUGGGGUGGGUGGAGGUUUUCAUUUCUACACUAGCUUCUCAUGUGGGAUUUGUGCCCGUGCGGUGUCCGCAGCUGCGAGCUCAGACUCUUUAGGAACCUCGCUUCUGGUUUUGUGAAACGUCGCCUUAGAAAUAUAUAUAUUUUAUAGCAAGAAGGAGAGGCCCAACCUAUUUUCUUAACCACUUUUUUUCUGGUUCCUGAUGUUAGGUCAUACGUGGGGAAGGUUUUUUUUAAACUUGGAUUGAAUGUUUUUCAAAUGGACUUUACCCUCUGAUAUACAGAGAUCCCGGCGUGGAAGCUGCAGCUGCUGCUGUUUGCACCUGGGGAGGAUGGGUAAUUGUUUUCCAUAUCUCUGUAGCAAGGAAAAGAAAAUAAAUGAUUUUCCUGGCUGCGUGGCAGCUGGGUUGUGCUGUGGCGGGUGCAUUUUUCUGUAGCUUCUUGAGGUCUGUGGAGGUUUUAAGUUGAGUCUUGUUGAUGGGGUGCAGACACUGAGCAGCCUACACCAGUCCCAGGCAUGGCCUGGAGGAGCAGAGGUGCUGGAGGAUCCUUGGGGCAGGUGACUGGAGCUGCUUUGCCCUAGUUGCUGCUGGCUGAGAUGCCAUCUCUCUCCGUCGUGAUCCCUUGCAAGGCAAACAGAGUGACGGAGCGUGAGCAAACAGCAGCCAGGGCAGCAGCUGGCGGACGUUUACACAGGGUGUGAGCUGCUGAGUCAGUAAAGCUGACCUGCGCUGGGCACAGCGAGCAGCGCUCUCCCUUCCGAGGACCCUUUGGGUAAGGAGAGGAGCCUGGGGAUAUUCCCCUGCUGUAGCAACUAGGUACAAUGGUGCCAACUCCUUCGGUUGGAGUCUCUUUACCAGGGCCAGGUUGUAGGUUUUACUCAUGGAACAAAAUCCCCAAGUGGGGCCAAAUCCGUGUAGAGAUGCCAUUGAUAUCCCACCUAUUCUCCAGACUCAUGGGGUCCCUCUGUGCUGCAGCUGUGAGGAGGAGCUGGAUGCAAGCAAAGGGGACAGCUCUCCAGUCCCAGGGAGAAGAAACAGGUCAGGUACCUGGGACAGACCUGCAGGAUACAACCCAGCUGCAAGGAAGGUUCCGUGGAAGUGGACGGUGCCAGCAGCCUGAGCUGCUCAGGAACAAAUGUAACCCAGUCCCCACCCGCCGAAGGAAAACUUUUCUUUCCAGAAAUUGCUGUUUAGGGUGUUUUAACGCUAUUCAUCAAACCCACAAUGCUGUCUAGUUCCUCUCUUGUUUCUAUGAUGUCUUCAAUGAGUAAUUUGAGCCCUGGGACAGCGGCUGCUGGAGGCAGUUGGAAAAUCAAUAAA